AUGGAAAACUUUAGGCUGAAGGACCUGCCUGACUCUAUAAGGACAACAAAUCCAAACAGUUUUAUGGUAGAAUUUUCCUUUGAAGUGGCAGAUAAUAUCCAUAGAGCCUCUGCUAUUGUUUUAAAUACUUCUGAUGAACUUGAGAGUGGUGUAUUCAGUGCUCUCUCCACUAUGUUGCCUUUUGUUUACCGCAUUGGCCCUUUCCUUUCAUUUUUAAAAUCAAAGUCCACAGAGCCGCUUGGCAUCUUUAGGUUCCAAUCUUUGGAAGGAAGAUACAGAGUGCCGACAAGCUGUAGAUAUAUUUGGAGUGAAUGGGGCAUUGGGAUUGAAAUUGAUACCAAUGUAAAGAGAGAAGAGGUGGAGAAACUGGUCAAUGAAUUGAUGAUGAUGGUAAGGAAAGGAAAGGGGAUGAGGCUCAAGGCCAUGGAGUUGAAGAACAAGGCAGAGGAGGACACCAGACCGGGUGGUCGUUCAUACAUCAACUUGGACAGAGUGAUUAAUGAAGUGUUGCUUAAGAUAAAAUAA